CAGCCCAGAACGCAGCUCCUCCGGCCUCCGACCGACCUCGCCGCCAUGGCUCUCCGCCCACUGCUUGCCGUCUGCCUCCUGGCCGCCGCUCUCUGCAUCCUUCAAGUGCGAGGAAGCAAGAGCAGCGCGAUCGAUUGCUGCGAGGCAAUCAAGGACGUCCGCAUGCACGUCAAAAAGGUGCAUUUGCUGGACUCUUACAUCAUCCAGAAGCCGGAAAUGGGAUGCCCCAUCGCUGCACUCGUGCUGAUCACCAAGGCCGGACGUGGACUGUGCUACCCUCCUGAUUCCAGGUGGGGCUUGGCCCUCAAAGAGGCGCUGGACCGGAGGAACACCCUGAAGCAGCGAAGGCUGCGGGCCUGAGAGAGCAUCCGGACUUCUCUGCCCCGGACACACGUGGACCAGACCUCUGCAGUGAAUACGACUCGUGGCAGCGCCGGCACUGUGGGACCUGCUUCUCUGCAG